GGCUGGAGGUGUGGUCUCUGUGAGCUGGGGGGCGGGGUCGCUUGCGCAUGGGCAGGAGGCUCUGUUCCAACGGAAAGCGCAUCGCUUCGGUUGGUAGUAGUCGGUGGAGAGCUGUUACCUGCGCACCACCACCAUGUAUAAAGAAAAAUGUUCCCUUUUUGGAGGCAAAGAGAAAAGAGGGGAGCUGGUCCGGAGCCUGGCAUGGCAGCACCUGGUGAAGCAGGAGGAGGAAGAGGCAGUGAAGAAGGAAGAAAAGGAGGAAGAAGAUGAUGAGGAGGAAGGCUCAGACAGUAGCUCUGAUGACCCGAACCCCAAGCCCCCCUGCAUGCACCCAGACCUCCUGGAGCUGGCGGUGGAUCGAGAGAAGUGCCGCAAAAUCCGCAGGCAGUACCGGCAGCUCAUCUACACCGUGCAGCAGAACCGCGAGGACAUUGUGAACACGGCCAGCGACUCUCUGAGUGAGGCCCUGGAGGAAGCCAAUGUGCUGUUUGACGGAGUGAGCAGAACCAGAGAGGCAGCCCUCGAUGCCCAGUUCCUGGUUUUGGCCUCUGAUCUGGGUAAAGAGAAGGCGAAGCAGCUAAACACCGAUAUGAACUUUUUUAAUCCCAUUGCCUUCUGCGAUUUGCUGCUGGUGUUUGUGGGCUUCAAUUGGGUGGAAGAGGAGUGUAAGGAAUUUGGCGACUGCGAUGAUAGCAUAGUUCUUUCCUUUUGGGUCUUGUUGCACGAGGAAGCAACCUCCUGGAUGCUGAGAGCCGAAACGUUCCACUUCAUUUUUGGGUCAUUUAAGGCAGAACGUUCUGCACGAAAGCCCCGGCUUGGAUAUCACAAAAGAGCUUGCAAAAUGGAAGGAAGUGGAGAUAUGCCUACAAAGUUGAAGAGGCUGGAUGUGCAUGCUAAUCAGGAGACGACAGAAAAAGAAGUUGAGAGAAUCUUGGGAUUGCUGCAAACCUACUUUCAAAAGUACCCCGAUACUCCAGUGUCAUACUUUGAGUUUGUGAUUGAUCCAAACUCAUUCUCUCGCACUGUGGAGAAUAUCUUCUAUGUGUCUUUUAUUAUUAGGGAUGGCUUUGCAAGAAUAAGGCUUGACCAAGACAGGCUGCCAAUUCUAGAGCCAACUAAUGUGAGCCAGGUGGAUGAAGAAAGUGAUUCCUAUUUGUACUGCAGGAAACAAGGCGUUAUAUCUUUGAGUUUACAGGACUGGAAAAAUAUUGUCUCCACUUUUGAAAUUUCAGAGGCUAUGAUCAAAAACUCAUAUUAAAGAGUUUUAUUCAUAGCAUAUCUUGAGCUAACAUUGCAAAAUGGAAUCUAAACAGAGCACAAACUCUAGUAAAGUAUUUUCAAGAACAAAUGAAA